CUAACGAAUUAUAUAACGCCAUGUCAUGUUACCAGAUUAAAAGCAGCGGCACCAAUAUCCGGUCGACAAUCGGGAAAGGGAUCGCCGCCGUUUUCUGGCAGAGUUGAACUCCAUUCUUGAUUGCUCCGGAAUGAGCUUCGCGGUUCAUCUCCAUCUGACAAAUGCGGCUACCGGAACUGAUUUGGCUAAACGGCGCCGUCGAGCUCUGGAAAGAAUAGACAGAGAGCUCUCGAAGGGAAAUUUCAAAACUGCUCUCUCUCUCGUCAAGCAAUUGCGCUGCAAACGAGGUGGCAUCCGUGCCUUUGGCACCGCCAAACAGGUUCCGAAGAAAUUGUCAUCAUUCGAUGAUUUAGAGCUAAGUGGAACUGACUUAUCGGUUCUCCGACUGUUGGUUGAUUCGGUAAUGGACUCCGUACAGAGCUGCAGUCAGUUUGCUUUACUUGACGAGAUAUCAUCCAAAGGAACCCAAAGGUUGACGAAUGUAGAAGACCGCGAGUUUUCCUGCGAAGAUUAUCACUACAGAUGCAUCCAACAUGAAGCUGGUCAUUUUCUGGUUGGCUACUUGCUUGGGGUUCUUCCUCGAGGUUAUAACAUAACAAGCAUAGAAGAUCUGAAGCGCGAUAAUUUUGGAAUAGCAAGAAUAGAGUUUGUGGGUCUUGAAUUUCUUAAAGAAAUCGGUUCUGAGAGAAUGCUAAGCAAAGAUGUCAUGAACAACAAAGGCCACAGAGGCAAAAUUUCGUCUACGAAUUUAAACAACUUUUCCUGUAUAAUAUUGGGAGGCUUGGUAGCAGAGCAUAUAUUAUUUGGCAACUCGAGAGGCUCUCGCUCAGAUAUUGACAAGCUAAACCGUGUGCUUAGAUGGCUGGGGUAUACAGAUAUUGAGGCAGGCGUUCAGGUGAGAUGGGCCGUAUUAAAUACUGCUUUCAUUUUGCAUCAUCACAAUGAAGCCAGAUCAAAACUAGCAGAGGCCAUAGCGCUGGGGAAGCCAGUAGGCUUUUGUAUCGAUGCCAUUGAGAAUGCCAUAUCCGGAGAGGAAUGCUAGGUGAUGUAUUGACUCUUUCAUCCGGCAUUGUCUUUUUCUGAAUUAAUUUGUUCCUAUUUUCAUCUCAGUGAAUCACUUUGCCAGGCA